UUCUUCCUCCCACCGCGCUGAAAUGCAGCUGCGCCAUUCCGCCUUUGUCCAUUGAAAAGAGCGGAGCGACCUACGACGGAGAGACACCGGGCGGCUCUGCAACUUUGACCGUUUGUCGCGUUGCAGUCGGAAUCAACUUUAUCUAUUCAGUUGUAGUAUCGAUAAAAGCGAAGCUAACGGACCUAGCGAGGCUUCGUUCGUUAAUCUGGUCGUGCUAGCGCGUUAUGAGCAAAGCGAGCAUUUCUGAGUCCGCCAUAGAGUCAACCCCGCAGAAGAAUAGCAAAAUGGAAGACACCAAGUACCUGCCGGAGCUCCUGGCUGAGAAGGACAGCCUGGACUCAUCGUUCACGCAUGCCAUGAAACUCAUUUCUGCAGAGAUUGAGAGGAUUCAGAAGGGUGAAGCCAAGAAAGAGACAGAGAAGGAGACCUAUCUGGACCUGUUUGCCACCAAGAAUCUCAAACUGAAAGAGCGGGUGCUCAUUCCUACCAAGCAGUACCCUAGGGUCAACUUUGUUGGUAAGCUUUUGGGACCUCAGGGCAGCACAAUCAAGAGACUCCAGGAAGAGACUGGUGCUAAGAUUUCCGUCCUGGGUAAAGGCUCCAUGAGGGACAAGAAUAAGGAGGAAGAACUGAGGAAGGGUGGUGAGGCCAAGUAUGCUCACCUGGCCAUGGAGCUGCAUGUGUUCAUUGAGGUGAUGGCACCCAUACCAGAAGCCUAUAUGCGCAUGGCUCAUGCCAUGGAGGAGGUCAAGAAGUUCCUUAUCCCGGAACCUGGUGAGCAUGACCCAUACAUGGAUCCUCACUUCCUGAAUGGAUCCCAGGAUGGUUCAGGAAGGGGGCGCGGUGGUCAUAUGGGACGGGGCAGAGGUGGACCACCUGGUGCUGGAGGACCAAGGGGGCGUGGGAUGCCACGUGGGGCCCCUCGAGGAACAAUGCGUGGUGGAGGCCCACGGGGAGGAUUGGGACGGGGCAACGGUCCUAGAGGUGCACCAUCUGGUAGGGGUGGACUAGCCUCUGCUCCCAACAGGGGAGGCUCAGCUCCCCGCUCCAGACCCCCCGCAGCAGGGGCUCCAAGGAUGCUCCCCGCUGCAGCCAUGUCUCACCAGCAACACCAGGGUCCUUCUUCGGGAUCACAGCCCAAAGCCGAUGCCUAUGAAGACUAUCCUCCAUAUGAAGAACAAUACGCAGAGCCUGCCUACGAAGGAUAUGACAGUUACUAUAAUCAGCAAGCUGCACCUGCGGACACUGAAUAUUACGACUACGGACACGGAGAGGCCCAGGAAGCAGCAUAUGAGCCUUAUGCUCAAGAUGAUUGGGACAACUCAUGGUCCAACUCUGGGGCAGGAGGCAAAGCCCCAGCAGCCAGGCAAUCAAAAGGAGCCUAUAGAGAGCAUCCUUAUGGAAGAUACUGAACGGCCACUGGUAGAGAGUUGCUUUGGCAACUGUCUCCGAUUGUAACUCGCUGAACUUUUCAAAAGUAAUUUCCCCUCUCGUUUGUUCCCCCUUUUUUUUAUUGUUUGUUUUAUUUUUGUUUUUUAAACUCAGUAGAGACAUUUUGUUGGAUGUAUCUUUAGAGGGCCAGGGAAGAAACAUGGAGAAGGUUUUUCAUUGUUUACCUGUUUCCAUUUAAUGUUUGUUUCAUUUGCGUAGUUGGCAGGUCCUAGUGACAAAAACCUAAAGGAUCAAGAGUAACAUUUUAGUGAUAUUUGAUGGUUACUAUUUAAGUUAAUUUUCCAUGAACAAAAUGUGACUGUGGCGAUAAAUUUCCCAUGUAGGCUGCAUUUUAAAAGUCCUUCAUGACUGGACAAAAAUUAUUCAUAAUGCCUCAAUGUGACUUCACUAUAACUAGAAUAGAUUUAGUCACCAACUCAAAUACAGCCGUUUUGAUUAAAAAAACAAAAGUCUUAUCAUUUACUUCUUUAUACCACAAUUCAAAUCUAGUCUUGUGUAAAGUUGUAGAAUCUCCUAAAAACUUUUGAAGUCAAUUUGAUAAAGACAAAUGCUUCUAUUCUGCCACACUUUACAAUUGGUAUUUACAAUCUGUCGGACUAUUACUUGGAAAAUCGACUCUGAUGAUCGACUAAUUCUUGUAAAGCUUGAAGGAUUAACAAUCCUUACUGUGUGUGAGGAAAGCUGCAGCCAACUCAAUAUUUUGUACAUAACCUUAGGACAACUGUGUAUGCUUUAAGCCGUGCCGUCUCCAAAAUGCAUAAUGCUUGUGUACCUUUGGCUAAAUAGGAUACUAAAUAUAUCCCAAAAUGUUUUUCUGCAGUGCGUGUUUCAAUAAAGUUUCUAGUUUCUUUUUAAUCAAUCUAAA